CUGUUAUCUUUUUUUAUUGAUUUUUUUAUUUCAAAAAUACAUGUAGAUAUAAGCCAACCAGAAAAUCAGACUUAAAAUGAGAAAUGUUUGAGUAUUAAUCCGAUUUAUCCUAAUGAAAUAACUUCCAUUUAAGGAUGACAGAUUACACUGUCUACAUAAAUAAUUGAAUAAUCGGAUGAAUCUAAUGGGCAGGCUUUGAUUGAUCAUGAGAUGGGGGUAAGAUUUAGGAGGAUUUGCCAUUCUGAGUCAGAUUUAUGUUGAGAGGAUUUGUAAAUGUGUUCUCUAAUUAGCUUGAACAUACAUUCACACCCUCGGAAAAAAAAAAAAAAAAAAGCACGUGCUUUUGUGCCAAAAAUAGACCAGGUUGGUUUUGUAUAAUUGACUGCAUAAUGGCUGCAGUGAAGGUCUAAACUCAUUCAGACAGCGAUCAGCGGCGCACAAAGGGCGCAAACAGACGCUGGAGCGGCGGUAAUGUUGGGCAUCCUUGCACAGCAGAGCGUGACCUUGGGUUUUGGCUGAGUAAGGAGCGCGGGAGGAGAAUGCGGCGCGCCCCCGGCUGCCAUGACUGAAAAAAGGCGCAUCCUCCUCCUUUUUCAUCUCAGUCACGUCACUUUUGCUCACAUUGUGGAUGAGGCGUUGCGUGUUUUCAUCCAAUCCUGAUUUUUUUUCCCACCCCGAUCUGUUUUUGGUGUAACAUUGCCGGAUUUGUUAUCGCCAGGACGCAUCGGAGCGCGCGGAUCUGAUCUGCACCAUCUUUCAUCGAGCGGCUGCAGCUCACGCGCACCAAGGACCUUUAUUUAUUUAUUUAUUUACUCUCGCCCUCAAAUCCAUCCCUUCAUGAAAAACCAGGACGCCUUGUAAAAAAUUGAUCCCAGCGAUGCGCAUCCGCCUCAAAUCCCGUUUACGCACCACAGAGUAACCGAGAGAGGAUGCCGAGCUCUGCGGCUCCGAGGCACCUGAGAUCCUGAAUGCAGCGCAGAGAGACACCUCAGCGGGUGUCACCGUCAGAUGCCCUGGAUGCGCAGAAGAAUGGGAUACUCCGACCCGUCGUCGGGUAAAGACAUACUUGGCAGCAGAUCUCUAUGUUUCAUAUUUAUUUGCGCAUUUGGACUUGUCACCCUUUUGCAGCAGAUCCUCUAUGGGAAGAACUACAUCAAGAGUUCGCAACAGUUUAGCCGACUCAAAGGGGACGAGGCAGGAAAUUGGACCGGCCCCGUUAGUUUCUCCGAUGGCGGAUCUCUGAGGCCUGCCAGAUAUGGAAGGAAAAGAUGUUUCCGUCAGACAUUUCAGCCACAUUCACAGAUCUCCGUAAUAGUCAAACCCUGCCUAGCUGAGAUUAAGAAGAAAAAAAAACGCUCUCAAAGGUAUCUGGAAACUUAUGAUGGAUCGCUUGAAUUCAACUCAACGACAUGCAGGGAACUCAGACAGGAGAUUAUGGAUGUUAAAGUCUUGACAAUGGUGAAAACUUCAGAUUUGUUUGAAAGAUGGCGAAACUUGCAGGUGUGCAAGUGGGAGCAAAGCAAGGAGGAGACCAGCAACUUUAAGAUGUCUCUGUCCCGCUGCUGUAAUGCUCCAUCCUUUCUGUUCACCACCAAGAGAAACACUCCUGCAGGGAGCAAGCUGAGAUACGAGGUGGACACCAGCGGUAUUCUUCCCAUCACCAACGAGGUCUUUAAGAUGUUUCCAGAUGAUAUGCCCUACUCAAAAUCACAGUUCAAGAAAUGUGCUGUCAUUGGAAAUGGCGGCAUCAUCAAGAACAGCAAAUGUGGGAAGGAAAUUGACUCAGCAGAUUUUGUUUUAAGAUGCAAUAUACCACCCAUAAACGAGAAGUACUCCACUGAUGUUGGCAGUAAAACUGAUCUGGUGACAAUAAAUCCAAGCAUUAUUACUGAGAGAUUUCAGAAGCUGGAGAAGUGGCGCCGGCCGUUCUUUGACGUCCUGCAGAAUUACGAGAACUCCUCCGUGGUGCUGCCCGCCUUCUACAACACCCGAAACACUGAUGUGUCUUUCCGAGUCAAGUACAUGUUGGACGACUUUGACUCUCAGAGGAGCGUGUUCUUCUUCCACCCGCAAUACCUGCUCAACGUGCAGCGGUUCUGGGCGGUGCAAGGCGUCCGGGCGAAGCGGCUCAGCAGCGGUUUGAUGCUGGUGACGGCCGCCCUGGAGCUGUGCGAGGAGGUCCACCUCUAUGGUUUCUGGGCAUUUCCCAUGAACCCCUCUGGUGUCUUCAUCACUCACCACUACUAUGACAACGUCAAGCCACGGCCCGGGUUUCACGCAAUGCCCCAUGAAAUCUUCAACUUCAUUCACAUGCACACACGGGGGAUUAUUAAUGUUCACACAGAUCAGUGCACGUGAUCCCUCAUUUUUUAAUCAGUUUUAUCUUGAUGCAGUAAAAGAUUUUAGAGUCAUCUCUUGGGGUGCACCCUGAGAUAUUUCUCUUGUCUUUAUCACUGUCAAAAUACUAUGGUUAUCUCUGACUCUGCAGCCAUAGGAUGCUAGUUUUCAUUGUGAAAAGUGUUCUUCAUAGUGACGUUCCUGUGAGGUUUUCCAGUGGCUCUGCUGUACAGAAGUGUUGAUUUUCUACCGAAGCAGGGCUGCGGCCGGUGUCUCCACGCCACCGCACAACCCUCCUCCCUUUUUCUUGGACACUCUGUUGGUGUGGCAGCUUUCCGUGUUUGUGUGAAACGAAGCCUAAACCUUAAAACUCAGCUAAUAUACACAAUGUACAGUUGCAACGACUACUUGUCUACUUUUGUAAACUCUUUCUUAAUUCACCAGACUAAACCUUUCUGAAAUGGCUUAUUUUCAACCCUUUUCCCACUCAGUUAGUAUAAAAACAAUAAAAAAAGAGAAGAAACUGGUUGAUUAGAUUGUUGCUUCUGCCUUGGUUUGUCAAAUCCACAUUUGAGGCCAUCCAUCGAUCGAAGCAACACAACGGCGGUUCUGGGACCCAGCUUCUCGCUCUCAUUUUCAUGUCUUAAGCCAUUUUGCCUUAUGAGGUAUCAAACCCCUCUCUACAAUGUGCUAUGAAACAGUUUAGCUUCUCUUCAAACAGGAUCAAAUUCGAAUUUGGAGACGAUUUUGAAGCUCCCCUCUCUGCUCACAUUAGAGUUGUCCCCUGUGAUCUACAUUCAUAAGUGUGUAAUGCUCUGCAUGAUUUUGCUGACUACUUGGCUUGUCUGUGCCUGCUUCAGAUUUCACUGAAAUAUGUUUACAUUUAAGCUAGUCACGAUGCAUUUACAGAAGUUAAGGAAUACGAAACUUGUUUAAUGUCCCAGUCGAUUGAAGCUUCAGGAUUGCUGCACCACUCAUUACUACUGCAAGUCUUUUCUAUAUUAUGUCACCUUUACUUUGAACUGCGAACUUUCCGUUUGCACUAAGUGUAUAAGUUAUUUGAAAAGCUGUUCAGAUUUGUACGGUUUUUGUAUGCUGUAAAUGAUUCAAAGAACUUGUGAAAUCCCUCUUUUUUGCCACUCCUCUGCACAGAUUUUUCACAGUUCUCUUUGUAGAUGAAUGCUGCUUUGCUAAAUAGGACUACAGUGUUCCCAAUUUCAUGUUACACACCGUGUGCAGAUACACUACACACUUUAGUACCAACACAUCAUCACUACAUUGUUCUGGAGUCCAAACCAGAAGAAAACUGGAAAAGAAAGCGUCAGUCUGUGUACUGAGAAGUUCUUUACUGACCCUUGAACUUUCUUUUUAUUGAUGCUGUGUUUGUUAAUAAACUUCUUUUGGAUUUUCUCA